AUGUCUGCCACGAUUCCGCGAAACUUCCGCCUCCUGGAGGAGCUCGAGAAAGGCGAGAAAGGCCUAGGCGCAGAGGCUUGCUCUUACGGACUCGCUGAUGGAGAGGACAUGAUGAUGAGCAACUGGAACGGAACCAUCUUAGGGCCCCCCACGUUUGUCUACCUUCAACCAGCGCAUCGAGUGUCCGUCCACGAGAACCGGAUAUACAGUGUCAACAUCCACUGUGGACCAGACUACCCCGACAACCCUCCUACCAUUCAGUUCGUUUCGCGCGUCAACAUCCCGUGCGUCGACCAGCAAACAGGCAAGGUCGAUCCAUCCAAACUCCCGUGUCUUGCUCAAUGGAAGCGAAGCCAUACCAUGGAGACCGUCUUAAUCGAGCUGCGGAGAUACAUGGCCUUGCCCCAGCACAAGAAGAUCGCCCAGCCCCCAGAGGGUUCGACUUUCUAA